AGAAUUGGGUGGUGUUUGAGCUUCACACUUAUUGUGGGACACUUCUAGGUAUUGACAUGGACAUAAUUGUAUUCGUUAGACAUCGUUUAGCUUCUUGUUAGUGUUAUAACUUUGUGCCAAGUAUUCAUUGAAUUCAUAACUAAUAUGAGUUAACUUGUGGCUAGGUAAAGAGCCGGUCAUUCGGGAGGUGCCGAAACCUUAGUUUGGCAUACUUCGGUCGACACAAAGUUAUUUGAACAAAUAUUUGAGAAAUGGCUUCGGAGCAUACAGUUCAUGCUGAGGACGUUGCAUCUAGUGAUGAUGAUGUUCAGCAACCUAAAGUUCCUUUACAGCAACCGGUUGUAGGGGAUGCCGAUAGACUUCUUGCGGCUAUAGUCUUGCUCGCAGAACAACAAGCAGCUCUUAUGCAAUGGCAAACUACAGAUGCAAUGACUCGUGGAACAGACACUGGUUUACUUGAAAGGUUCAAAAAGCUAUUCACCGUGGAGUUUGAGGGGGCAAUUGACCCCAGUGAUGCUGAGGAAUGGCUUAAAUCUGUGGAGUGGGUGUUGAAUGCUAUGGGAGUGAUCGACGCACAGAAGGUGACAUUGGCGACUUUUAGCUUGAAAGGUAAUGCUCGAGAUUGGUGGGAGUCGUUGGAGAGGCAAUUGACUGCCCCUCUGCCAGGAGUUAUACCGGCAGUACCACAAGUGGUGACGUGGGAGCACUUUGUUAAAGGAUUCAAUGAUCACUACUUUCUGAAAAGUUGGAAGUGUGAAGCUCAAACACCACCAAUUCUCCAAAAAUAUAACAUAUACGACAACUAA